CCAACGGGACAGGGUCUUCUGUUUGUGUUUUGUCUCGGACUACGCCUUCAGUCGUGCAGAACACCGUUGAAUUCCAGUCGCGUCUGUGUGUUUUGAGUGUGAGGUAGUGUAUGAAAGUGUGAGGUGAGUGAGAGAAGGGGUUUGGAGACCAAAGUUGACAGUUGUGUGUUUGCGUCUGCAAGUGUAUGUUUCCUCAGCACAGGUGAUCCUCGUGAACGGUGGAUGCAACAAGGGAUUCAUUACGAGGUUUCAGUUGAACAAUGAUCGCAUCUGGAAGGAGCAUACGUUUAUUACCACUUCUGUCGUUUCCGGGGAACGUUUGAAGCCGAAAGAGAGGAAAAACAACUGCAGGGGAGUCGAACACCUGAAAACCUCCCUGCUGCGUCUAGUUAACGGCAAAUCAACAAACAGCACCUGCGGCAGCCCACUCUUUUCGGAUUGUAUAUCUCCUGGUCUGCAAGAUUAUUCAGAAGUGUUUUGGCAGAGUUUUAAAUGUUCGGGCUGCACGAACAUCUGGGGAGGGACGUCAGCGGAUUGAAGGAGCGAGCUCUUGGGGAGGAGAUGGAUCCCGUGCGCUCGUGGGUUAGGAAUGUCGGGGUGGUGGACGCAAAUGUUGCUGCUCAAAGUGGGGUUGCUCUGUCACGGGCUCACUUUGAGAAGCAGCCUCCCUCCAAUCUAAGAAAAUCCAACUUCUUCCAUUUCGUUCUGGCAUUAUACGACCGGCACGGACAACCAGUGGAGGUGGAGAGGACAUCCUUUGUUGACUUUGUGGAGCAUGAUAAGGAACAGACAGGAGAAAAGACCAAUAAUGGCAUACACUACAAACUACAACUCCUGUACAGCAAUGGUGUGCGCACAGAACAGGACCUGUAUGCCCGUCUCAUUGACUCUGUCACCAAACAGGCAAUUUCCUAUGAAGGACAGAAUAAAAACCCAGAGAUGUGCAGAGUGCUACUCACUCAUGAGGUCAUGUGCAGUCGGUGUUGUGAGAAAAAGAGUUGUGGGAACCGCAAUGAAACUCCCUCGGAUCCGGUCAUCAUAGACAGGUUCUUCUUGAAGUUCUUCUUAAAAUGCAACCAGAAUUGUCUGAAGACGGCAGGAAACCCCCGCGAUAUGCGAAGAUUUCAGGUGGUGCUCUCCAGUACUGUGGAUGUAGACGGGCCAGUCCUGGCCAUCUCAGACAACAUGUUUGUGCACAACAACUCCAAACAUGGUCGCCGCACGCGGAGGAUGGAUCCAUCUGAAUCGAUGGAGAACAGCAUGGAGUACGCAGCCACACCCUGUAUAAAGGCCAUCAGUCCAAGUGAAGGCUGGACUACAGGUGGUGCUAUGGUGAUCGUAAUUGGGGAGAACUUCUUUGACGGCCUGCAGGUGGUGUUUGGCAGCAUGCUGGUGUGGAGUGAGCUCAUCACUCCUCACGCCAUCCGGGUGCAGACGCCUCCCCGCCACAUCCCUGGGGUCGUGGAGGUCACACUGUCCUACAAGUCAAAGCAGUUCUGCAAAGGAGCACCAGGACGCUUCAUUUACACAGCACUGAAUGAGCCCACCAUAGACUAUGGCUUCCAGAGGCUUCAGAAAGUAAUUCCAAGACACCCAGGAGACCCAGACAAACUAGCAAAGGAGAUGUUGUUGAAGAGAGCAGCAGAUCUCGUGGAGGCACUGUACGGGAAUCCCCACAGCAAUCAGGACAUGCUGCUGAAGCGGGCUGCGGACAUAGCGGAGGCUCUCUACAGCGUUCCGCGACCUCACAGUCAGCUCCAGGCUCUGCCCUCCUCGCCCGCCCAUGGCAGUGUGAUGGGCAUCAGCUCCUACCCGCCGCCUCAGCUGGGCCUCAGUGUACCUGAACCACAGAGCGCCAGCCAGGGCUACAUGCGUAACUCCAGUAGCCUCUCUCCACGAGGGUACCCCUCUGCUUCCACGCCCCAGCAGUCAGGGUAUGCCAGCGGGGGGAUGGGUGGUGGCUACAGUGCCGUGCCCAUGAGCAGCCUGGGAGUACCAGGGUCGCCAGGGUUCAGUAACGCCUCUCCAUCAGCUUCCCCUUAUGGCAGUAAGUAUUCUACUUUUCAUUCCAUGUUCCUGAUGCCAUCUAGUCCAGUCCCCGGGUCGGGCUCGUCCUCCUCUCUGCUGCCGUUCUCCUCUUUCCCCACCUCUUCCUCCUCGGCCAAACAGAAGAGCGCGUUUGCGCCGGUCCUCCGCCCCCAGGGGUCACCCUCCCCUGUUUGCCCCAGCUCUGGCAACAGCUUCAGAGCAAUGACUGGCCUGGUGGUCCCACCCAUGUAAAGAAGAACCAAUCAUCUCUUCCUGACCAAUUACAAACUCUACAGCCAGCCUAGGCUCAGGGCUGCAGGCACACUUCGAACAUCACUGCCUGUCAACAAAUCCCAGAGGCCUUUCUAAAUCUCCAGACAUUCCUCAGAGAGAAGCCAGCAAAAUGCAGUGGAACCUGCAGAAGGCUCUCCAAGUCUCUGUGACUGAAGCACACGGUUGAUGUAACCACAGUAAAAGGGGGUUCUGGGCAUGUGAGAAGUGCGGAUAAACUAUGAAUCUGCUUCUUGCAUCUUGCAAAGAAGCUGCCAUGUUUCUUCUUCCUUUCACAUCAACAUCAGUACACAUUCACUCACACACACACACACACACACACACAAUGUGUGCACACACACAAACAUCCAACAUGUGUUACCUAAUUAUUUUUGCAGUAGCAGGUUCUUUGCAAGAGACACAUUUCACUGCAAGAGACUUUUUUCAUCAGUCUACAGGACUUGAAAUCCAGGGUUGACAUAAAUUACUUCAUAUAAGGAUUUAUUUAAAAUAAAACAAAACUAUAUAAGUUAUUAUGAUAGUUUUAGAAAUAAUAUAAGCCUUUUUUC